AUGGACCGCCGACAGAAGGAUGCCACUACGGCCUUAGAAGUGGCCAUUCAAUUGGCACGAGGACAGCCUGCACCUGCCUCCCAACCAGAUUAUCCACCCAGCACUCACCCUCAACAAAAUCCACAUUCAGAGCAUCCCCAGUAUCACCAUAAUCCACCACAACAAAGGAAUCCUCAAAGACCAAAGCAACCUAUUGCUGCUCAACAGGAGAGGCCAAUCCAAGAUCCUGAGCAGCGACCACCCUCUCCCGCUGAUCGAGAUAACACCCAGCAGCAAAUGCAGAAUAGGACCGAGCAACAUCCCAGAAGCCCUAGACGUCAAAAAGUUGAGGAGCAAAACCCUCCUAGCAGGGGACAACGUCCCUCGGGAAGUAGAAGACAUGUGGAUUCAGGCUCUGUGAUCAGAGGUCCCCCAUGA